UUUGAGCUGGCGGUUGGACGAGCAGCAGUUGAGCUCCUCACUGCAGUGCCUCUGCCGUCCUUAAAAGGGGCUAAAUUUGAUGGACAACCAGGAGAUUGGAUCCUGGUUGUAGAACGAAUUCAGACUGCAGACUUCUGGGCUGUGUUCCCAGACAAUCACAGGAAACCUGGGGAUUCAUUUAUUAUUUAAAUAUAAAGCCAGAAGAUUGCUUAAAUGAGUGACAGAGAGAAAGAUCCUCAUGUGCGUGACCAGCAUAAUCCUGAAGAUGAUGACCUCGUGAGUCUGACACCAAGCAACAGUCCGGUCACAAAGGUGACAAAUGGCUCCUCAGGAGAGCAGUCAGAAGAGUCAGACGAGCCUGUUCAGUCAGCUCUUCCAAGAAGACCAUGGGGCUGUCCAGCCAAAAAACAUAGCUCGGUGGAGACAGGUGGGUCGGAUGAGGAAACCUGCACAGCAGAGAACAAGCCGUCCACCGAGAAGCAUCACAUUGCAAAAACCAGUUACACGGCUUGUAUGUACUACGUUAUGCCGAACGUCCUCUUGCCUAAGAUGAUUAUGAUAGACGAUGACGCUUGCGAUGAUGAAGAAUGUCCUACUACAGAGAAAGGACCCUGUGACCGGAAGCACCACUUCAAGAAGCAACUCUCUGGGAUGAGGUAUCACUCUCCUGAAGAAAGUCACUCAAUCGAAGAGCAUCUCUCGGCUGAGAAAGAUCUACCUACACAGGGAGGUUGCCUUAACCAGAAAAGAUGUCUUACAGAAAAAGAUCAUUCUACAGAGGAAGGUGGCUUGGGUGAGAGAGGUCCCUAUGAAGAGAGAGGCCACUCUACUGAGAGAUGUCAACCUGCAAAGAAAGGUCUUUCUAUGAAGAAGAGUUCAUCUCCUAAUGAAGGUGACUUGGACGGGAGAGGACCCUUUGUGGAAAACCAUCACCCUGAAGAGAAAGACCGCUCAGCCAAGAAACUUAGCUGUACACAGAGAGAUUGCCAGAUAGAUGGAGAGUGUUCUGUGAAAAGAGAACUCUCCACUGAGGAAGAUCACCCUAUAGGCAGAGGUCUGCCUGCCAACAAAAGUCAUCUGGCAGAGAAGGGUUGGUCAACAAACAAGAGUGGAUCUGCAGGGAGAGGUCACCACCUCAAAAGCCACCCUGCAAAGGAGGGUCGCUCAGAGGAAUGGGUUAACUUGGCACGGAGCAGACUCUAUGCAGGUGAAGAUACCCCUACAUGGAGGGGUCACCGCAUCCAAGGGUGCCCUGUGGUGGAGGGUCGCUCAGUGAAAAGAGAAAAUACUGUGAAGGAAAGACCUUCUACAGUGAAAGAUCACCCCACAGGGACAAGUCACCCUCAGAAGAAAAGCCACUCUCCCGAAAAAGGUCGGUCACCAGAUAGGGGAUACACUACAGGGCAAAAUCUCUCCACAAGGAGAGGUAGGCUUCCAAAGAGAAGCCUCUGGGCAGAAAAUCAUCUGUCUGCUGAGAACAGUUGCCCUCCCAAAAAGAGUCGUCUUCCAGAGAAAGACCUAUCUUCCAAGAGAAUCCACUUCGCAGUUCACCCUGAGGAGAGACAGCUCUCUGCCAAUAAAGAGAGCGUAGAAAAGAAAUUUCGUUCUGGUGAGAGUGUUGAGAUCCAAGACAGCUACACUCAUGAGGAAAGCAACACAGGAGACAAUGGGUACUCUGUGGAGCAAGGUCAUCCCUCCAUGGAGAAAGGCUUUCAUGUAGAGACACCCUCUUCAGGAUCCAUGCCUGUGGUGCCCAUGCCAAAUAGCAUGCAGGAUGCUCCACAAAGCAGCAUUGGCAGUGAUACCAGCCAAGUACCCCAAGUCACCCACCAUAAUGUGGCUGGGGCUGUCACCAAUGGUCAGCGUAUGCAGACAGAGAAUAUGAGAAUCGGCGUUGAAUUGAAGUUGCCUCAAAAACUAAAAGCAUGCCUUGUUCAGGACUGGAACUUGGUAAACACACAGAUGCAGUUAUUCCAUCUCCCUGCUGACAAGAAUGUAGAUCGUAUUCUGGCAGACUAUGUCAAUUUCGUGAAAUCACAGGAAAAGUGUGAUAAUAGGGAAUAUUCCGUUGAUGAACUUGUGUAUGGAAUAAGAGAGUAUUUUAACAAGAUGCUGGGCACCCAGCUGCUCUGCCAGUUUGAAAGACCCCAGUAUGCUGACAUCCUCCUGGCUUACCCAGGUAUUCCAAUGUCUCAGGUUUAUGGAGCUCCACACCUCCUGAGAUUAUUUGUGAAUAUUGGGAGUGCAUUGACCCAUUUGUCCUUUAAUAGGGGCAGUCUAAUGUUACUGUCUGGGUACAUGCAUGAUUUCCUUAAUUACCUAGCAGAGAAUUCCACUUCUCUCUUUAGAGCAAGCGAUUAUGAAUUGGCUUCUGUCGCAUAUUGUUUCAAAGCCCUGUGAGGAUCUCCUGACCACUAUUUUGUGGCCUAGACUAGUAAACAUUUCUGUGUUUGCUAUUUUCAUUGUGUAUUUGAUUUUCUUGAAAAGUAUAGAGGGCUUAGUAAUUCAGGUUGGGUAUUAUGAACAGAAAUAAAAAAAUAUUAAGUGUUUUUUAACCACGAUUUCAACAACAAAUACAUGUUUGCUAAAUAAUU